CGUGAGGUGCCGGAGGACCCGCGCUGGGGUUCAUGGCGGCGCCGGUCCGCCUGGGCCGGAAACGCCCGCUGCCCGUUUGUCCCAACCCGCUCUUCGUGCGCUGGCUGACCGAGUGGCGGGACGAGGCAGCCAGCAGGGGGCGCCGCACGCGCUUCGUGUUUCAGAAGGCCCUGCGCUCCCUCCGGCGGUAUCCGCUUCCCCUGCGCAGCGGGAAAGAAGCUAAGAUCCUACAGCACUUCGGAGACGGGCUCUGCCGGAUGUUGGACGAGCGGCUGCAGCAGCACCGAGCAUCGGGCGGUGAUCAUGCCCAGGGCUCACCAUCUGGAGAGAAGAGUCCAGUCGGGGAAGGGCCAACUGCUGAAGUCCAGGACUCUUCCAUGCCAGUUUCUGCCCAGCCCAAAGCAAGAGGCUCUGGCAGCUACUGGCCAGCUCGACACUCAGGAGCCCGAGUGGUACUGCUACUGCUCUUCCAGGAACACCUGAAUCCUAAUGGCCAUGGCUUUCUAACCAAGGAGGAGCUGCUGCAGAGGUGUGCUCAGAAGGCCCCUAGGGUAGCCCCCAAGAAUGCUCAAUCCUGGCCAGCCCUCCGCUCCCUCCUCCACAGGAACCUGGUCCUCAGGACACACCAGCCAGCCAGGUACUCACUGACCCCUGAGGGUUUGGAGCUGGCCCAGAAGCUGGCAGAGUCGGAGGGCCUGAGCUCACUGAAUGUGGGCACCGGACCUGAGGAGCCCCCUGGGGAGGAGUCACCAGUGCCAGGAGCAGCCUCGGCUGAGCUUGGCGCCAGUGAAGGGGAGGUCCAGCAGCCGCUCCUGGAGCUGGGGCCCGGAGAGUACAGGGUGCUGUUGUGUGUGGACGUCGGCCUCCCUCCUUGCAAUUCUAGGGCGGGGCACAGGCCAGAACUACUCCGAGAGCUACAACGGAUGCGUGUGACCCAUACAGUGCGCAAGCUGCACAUUGGGGACUUCGUGUGGGUGGCACAGGAGACCAGGCCCAGAGACCCAGCAAGACCCAGGGAACUAGUCCUGGACCACAUUGUGGAGCGCAAGCGGCUGGACGACCUGUGCAGCAGCAUCAUCGAUGGCCGCUUCCGGGAGCAGAAGUUCCGGCUAAAGCGCUGCGGCCUGGGGCGCCGGGUGUACCUGGUAGAGGAGCAUGGCUCAGCCCACAACCUCAGCCUGCCUGAAAGCACGCUGCUGCAGGCUGUCACCAACACUCAGGUCAUUGAUGGCUUCUUUGUGAAGCACACCGGGGACAUUAAGGAGUCGGCUGCCUACCUGGCCCUCUUGACACGAGGCCUGCAGAGACUCUACCAGGGCCACACCCUAUGCAGCCGCCCUUGGGGAAUCCCAGGGGACUCUGAGGCAGGGGCCCGGGCUGCCCCAAACCCUCUCUGCUCACUCCUCACCUUCAGUGACUUCAACACGGGAGCCAUGAAGAACAAGGCCCAGUCAGUGCAAGAGGUGUUUGCCCGGCAGCUGAUGCAGGUGCGUGGAGUGAGUGGGGAGAAGGCAGCAGCCCUGGUGGGUCGAUACAGCACUCCCGCCAGCCUCCUGGCCGCCUAUGAUGCCUGUGCCACCCCCAAGGAACAGGAGAUGCUGCUGAGCACUAUCAAGUGUGGGCAUCUGCAGAGGAACCUGGGGCCAGCUCUGAGCAGGACCUUGUCCCAGCUGUACUGCAGCUACAGCCCCCUGACCUGAACUAUGCCAUGAGAGAAACCCUAGUUCCCUCUUCCCCCAACCCUGGCUAGCCAACCUUAUAACCGGCAUCUUUUGGGCUUCAAUAAAAAUCUAAAUGUUUGCACCCUUA